GAAUCUUUUCUGUUUCACCUACACAUAAGCUUGAUUUAUUCCCGCCAACAUGCAAAAUCAGCGAGCCAAAACUCUAGGGUUUGUGAAUUUUCACUCACAGUCACAAGCACAAACCGAAACCACAACUUAUCAGUAGCAGUGGUGUCAGACUAACAGCUGAACCAUUUCCAUGGCGGAGCUUACUCAGAUCGCCGAUCUUCUCAACCAGACACUCAGCCCCGAUGCCAACGCCGUUCGUGCCGCCACCGAUGCUCUCGAUCGACUCUGCCUCACUUCUAACUUCCCCUUCUACCUCCUUUCAAUUUCAACUCGAGGAGAAGAUCAAGGUCAGAAGGUUGCUGCUGCUACUUACCUGAAGAAUUUCACGCGCCGGAACAUGGAUAGCAGUAGCGCGGCCACGAUUUCUAGUGUCGGCAAGGAGUUCAAGGAGCAGCUGAUGCAAGCUCUGCUUCAGGCCGAGUUCCACAUUCUGAAGAUUUUGGUUGAAGUGUUCCAGUCGGUUGCGGUUGCUGAGUUUGUUAAGCAGAAUUCGUGGCCGGAGCUUGUGCCUUAUCUGCAGUCUGCUAUUCAGAAUAGCAAUCUCAUCAAUGGUUCAAGCUCUGCAUGUAGCACAAUCAAUGCACUUGUAGUUCUUCAUGCUCUUCUUAGACCUUUUCAGUAUUUUUUGAAUCCUAAAGUACCAAAGGAGCCUGUACCACUGCAGCUGGAGCUUAUAGCGAAAGAAAUUCUUGUGCCUUUGCUUUCUAUAUUUCAUCAGUUUGUUGGAAAGGCUUUAGCUACCCUUGACAGAGCAGAAAUAGAAACUGAGAAAGUUCUUCUCACUGUAUGCAAAUGCCUACAUUUUGCAGUAAAGUCUUACAUGCCUCCGACUUUAAUUCCUCUUCUUCCUUCAUUCUGUUGUGACUUGAUUGCCAUUCUGGGUUCGUUGAGAUUUGAUGAUCCGGUAGCUGAAGAAGAUGUAUAUUUCACAAGAUUGAAGACUGGAAAAAGAAGUCUGCUUAUUUUUUCUGCACUUGUCACUAGGCACAGAAAACAUUCUGAUAAGUUGAUGCCACAAAUGAUAAGUUGUGUUCUUAACAUUGUCAAAUAUAGCAAAAAUACCAGUAAACUUCCUUUCCUGUCUGAGAGGGUUCUUUCUUUAGGUUUUGAUGUAAUUUCAAAUGUACUGGAGACUGGACCGGGAUGGCGGUUAGUUUCUCCACAUUUUACAACUCUAUUGGAAUCUGCAAUUUUUCCAGCAUUAGUAAUGAAUGAGAAGGAUAUAUCAGAGUGGGAAGAAGACGCAGAUGAGUAUAUACGGAAGAAUCUUCCUUCAGACAUUGACGAAAUUUCUGGAUGGAGAGAUGAUUUAUUCACUGCCAGAAAAAGUGCAAUAAACUUGCUUGGUGUAAUCUCGAUGUCAAAGGGGCCACCUACGGAGAGUGCUGCUGAUGCUUUAUCAGCUUCAGCCAAGCGUAAGAAAGGCCAAAAGAACAAAAAAAGCAAUCAACGGCGCUCCAUGGGGGAGUUGUUGGUGCUUCCAUUCUUGUCAAAGUUUCCAAUUCCUUCUGAUUCUGAUGUGUCUCAAAAGCAAAUUCUGAACAAUUACUUUGGUGUUCUGAUGGCAUAUGGUGGCCUACAAGAUUUUCUGAGGGAGCAAGAACCUGGAUAUGUAACAGCUCUGCUUCGCACAAGGAUUUUGCCACUGUAUGCAAUAGCUGCCUUGGUGCCAUACCUGGUUGCAAGUGCAAACUGGGUACUAGGAGAACUAGGCUCCUGUCUACCUGAAGAGAUGAGCGCUGCUGUAUAUUCUCAAUUGCUUAUGGCAUUGGUCAUGCCAGAUAAGCAGGAUAUGUCUUGCUACCCUGUCCGGAUUUCUUCUGCUGGGGCAAUUACGACACUACUUGAUAAUGAAUACAUGCCCCCUGAUUUUCUACCCAUAGUUCAAGUAAUCAUUGGCAACAUUGGAAAUGAUGAGAGUGAGAGCUCCAUCUUAUUACAACUUCUCAGUUCUGUCAUGGAAGCUGGAGAUGAGGAAUUAGCUAUCCAUAUCCCACAUAUUGUCUCAUCAUUAGUUGGUCCCAUCUCAAAGUGGUUAACACCUAAUCCGGAGCCUUGGCCUCAAGUGGUUGAGCGUGCAAUUGCUGCUCUAGCAGUUAUUGGUCAGACUUGGGAGGACUGCAGACGUGAAGAAUCUGAGUCAAUUGAUUCUCUUGAGAUGUGGGAUGCUGGACAAGCCUCUAUUGGUAGAAGUUUUGCUGCACUGUUGCAGCAGGCUUGGCUUACUCCGCUGUCCACACUGGAUCAGCAUUCUCCCCCUUCAUCAUGCAUAGAAGAUUCCUCAACUAUGCUAAAGUCUGUCAUGCUGUCUAUUAAUGGAAAUGACAUGAUUGAAGAGCUUAAAGUGUCAGAGCUGCUGUUGGUUUGGGCUGAAAUGAUUGCAGAGUGGCAUGCAUGGGAAGAAUCAGAGGAUUUGUCCAUUUUUGAUGUGAUUAAGGAAGCUGUGUAUUUAGCUCGUAAGUAUAGGCUGAAAAACUUCAUUGUGAAAGAUAUGCCAUCUCCUCCAGCACCCCCUGUGCCUGAACGUUCAAUCAUAGAAGGCAUUGGCACUUUCAUCAGCGAGGCCAUUAAGCAAUAUCCAUCUGCAACAUUGAGAGCUUGUUCAUGUGUGCAUAUAUUACUACAUUGUCCAACCUACUCACUUGAAACUGAAGGUGUAAAGCAGUCAUUGGCUAUUUCUUUUAGUCGAGCAGCCUUCUCUCGCUUUAGAGAAGUUAAGGGCAAUCCUGGCUCACUUUGGAAGCCUCUAUUGCUUGCUAUAUCUUCAUGCUAUUUGUGUUAUCCCGAUAUUGUUGAAGGUGUUCUGGAGAAGAGUGAAGAGGGAGGCCUCAAAAUUUGGGCAUCUUCUUUGUGUCAUCUAUCCAAUAGCUCCUUUGAGGCAGGUCUGACAGCCGAGUCCGAGAUGAAGUUGAUUGUGAUGACGCUGGCCCAAUUGAUUGAGCAACUACUGAGAAAAGGGAAGUCAGGUGUUGAUUCAAUUCAAAGCUGCUUUACUUUUCUGUUGGAAGUAUUUAUACGACUGAAAGAGGUGCGUGACGGGAAAGAAGAUGACCCAGAGGAAGAAGUGGCUGAAAAUGAUGAGGAAAACAAUGAGGAUGAGGCCAGUGAUGAUGAUGACUCUGAAGAUUAUGAUGAGGACUCUGAUGUUGAGGAAUACGAAGAAACAGAAGAAGAAUUUCUUGAUAGGUAUGCUAAAGCUGCUGAGGCAUUAGAAAAUGGUUCAACUAUUGAAGAGGGGGAUGAUGAAGAUCAAGAAGUGGAGAUGGAAUUAGGUCCAUUAGGUGAUGUUGAUGAGCACGACAUUGUGUUAUCCUUGAUAGACAAAUAUCGGCAUAUACUCAUAGAUGGACAAAGUUUGCCCUCGAAUGUGAUCGUGAAUUUUCUGAAUGCCUUCCCUGAAUUUAGUUUGUAUUUCCAGCAAUAUAGAUAACUGAGAUAAGUAUGGUUUGUAUCAUGUGUUGCUGUUGUGUGUAAAUGAAUUUCUUCUUAAGAAAAGUCAGGGUUUUGAACUGUGUUGUAUAAAAUACGUUACAAUUUUAUUUAUAUUAUUAUUCGUAUAAUUAUUCCUUUAACUGGGGAAAAGGGCAGCGGGCUAUUUACCAUGUCCAGAUUUGAGAGUCGAAGCAUCCAGCAAUUGGAAAACGUAUAUUAUUGAAGAAAAUUUCCUCUUUUGUGUA